GGAGAGAUGGAAGAUGUAGUUGGCGCGAAAGUCUCAGCAGGGCGAGAGCUCUGUACGUACGCCAGAAGCCCUGGCGCCACCAUUCUCUCAGGAGGUGCUUGUGGCUGCUCCGCGGAACUCUGGGAAAGACAGUUCGAAAAUGCUGCUGGGAGUAGCGAUCACGUAGGGCGCUGCGUUGUAGGGGAGAGGAGCGUGUCCCGGGCGCUCCCAAGGGCUCUGUGCACUGCGGCCGUCGGUGUGGCCGGGCUCUGUUUCCGUCUGAGCUCCGGCCCCGCAAAGCUGACUUGUGGGGCAGGGAAAAACACGAAGUUCUACCAAGGGCAGGACAAGAAACAGGAAUAGUACGAUUUUCUCAGGAGAUUAGAAGAAGCAGUUAAAAGGAAAGCUGGAGAAUUAAGAUCACCUAUAUAUAUAUGUGUAUUAAUCAUUACAUCAUAACUGACAUUAUCAACGUGCUGCUCAUCCAAGACUCUUACAAACACUUCACAGCCAAGCAGAUACUGAAGGAGAAAAAAAUACUUUUUUUUGCUAGAAGACUUCACGUAAAUUCAUCUCACAGAUCUUCAGGACUGUUGUACUGAAGCCAGUUACAAAGGACUUUUUUCUUUGGACUUUUUCAGUAAAUAGCUUUUGAGAAUUGGAGAAGAUUGAGAGAAUACCUACGCUGCCUCCACUAAAAGACUGGAAACUGUAAGUCAGCUUGCUGCCUUAGUGAGUGGGGGAAAAAAAUUACAUAUACUACCCAGAAGAUCUCUGUCAGCACAAAAUAACCAACAUAGGAGCAACUCUACAGCCAAAAGAAUUCCUUUGUGAGUCUUAGCUAAUGUUGUUUGUGGAAGGAACGCAACAGCCUUUGCAGAAAACUCUUUUUCUAGUUAAGUACUAUCUAAUUGUACCAACAGAAUUUCUGAAGUACAGUCAGGCAAAAAAGCUCACAGAAGCUUUAGCAGAAAAACCCUGAAGCAGUCUCUAAACAAAGCUUUGUUGAAGUUAUUUGCGGUUACGUAGACCUUAGGCUAAUCAUCUGAGACUCUUCUGUGAAGUGGAAUGAUAUUUUCAUGGCUAAUGCUGAAAGCAGUGUGCAUACAGAUGGAAUUACACACCUAUUUCAAAGUGAAACGUUAAUUUAUUCAGUGGAAGAAUGCACUUCUAGUGACUGUGCCUCAAUAAAACCUCAGUCUGGCUGUGAAACUUGAUUUCCAUUACCAGCUACAGAAGAAGGAGCUACUGUUCUAGUUACUGCAAGUUUUUUAUUACUGUAACUAUAUUCUGGGUGCUUGGUGCCUAUGGCAGUAGUACAUUUUUACUGCAUAAUAAUAAAUCAAUUAUUCCAGUAUAGCUAUAAAUAUUUACGGUCAGUGGGAAAGGCUAAUAUAUCCUCCUGUUAUACUCUGCCUUGAACAUUCAUUGUUAUAUUAUUUCUAGUGUCUUUAGUCAAGUAUUUCUAUAUCAUUUAGAACUGCCAAUCCAAUCCAUUUAUUGGAAUUUUUAAUUUCUGGAAGUCUCUGUGUAGAAUGGCUCUUCCAGUGUCUUGAGAUUCGAUCUACUUAUGCAAGAUAUAUAAGUAAAUUUGAAAUUAUAUGUUUAAUGAUGAAAAUCAGAUCUUAUGCUGAAAAUUACUUGAGGCAGACAUGAAGUCUCCCCAAUCUUGCAAAGCGGAGUUUCAAAUAAACCUGUGAUGCUUGAAAUAAGAAUGUUCUGAUGGUGUAUGCCUUUACCCCCAGUUCACAUAGUAUCUCUGGGUCACGCUAAAGCAGGCUGUGGUGCUGUGGAAUACCAGACGUGAAAUCACAAUGUAUUUCCAGAUGGUGGAGAAUUUCAUUUAAUUGCCAGCCAUUUUUCAGACUGUGUUCUAUAAAAAAAUCUGUAGCUGUGUAGGCCUGGCCACACACAGCCAACAACUCUGAAAUAGGCCUACAGCACUAUUACAGUUUUUAUUAUUAUUAUUGUACCUGGGAGCUCUUGACAAAAAGACUAUGAUCUGCUGCAACGUGGUAAACACACAGUACUGUGCAAGUAGUGAGAUAGUGCCUAGAAGUGAAUGCACAAAAUUUAAGAAAAUGACUUAAUUACGUUGAUAGUUGCAGGUUGCACAAUUCCUGUACAGUUUUUGAAACACGAGCCUCUCAGGGAUUACAGCACACUAUUAACACACAGCCUCAGCUCUUCCGCUUCUUGUUGCCGUCCGCGCUGCGCCUUCAGAUCUUCAAGGGUUGCCGCCACCUCAGAGGAGGGCGGGAACCGAGCGGCUAUGAGGGCAGAGGAGGCCCUGCGGUGGAGGUUGCCGGCGUGGAGCCGUGUUUACUUUCCGGGGCGGCGGGGCGGCUUUCCGGGGCGGUGCGUGUGCGGUGCCCAGGCGGGAUUGGGGCUGCGCGGGCUGAGGGAGUGCGUCUGGCAGAGGGACGCUGCGAGCCCAGUGGCCACCAUGAGUGGUUCACAAAACAAUGACAUGAAAAGGCAAUUUCUUCUAGAACGGUUACUGGAUGCAGUUAAGCAGUGUCAAAUACGGUUUGGAGGAAGAAAAGAAAUAGCUUCAGAUUCUGAUAGCAGAGUCACUUGCUUGUGUGCUCAGUUUGAAGCUGUGUUACAGCAUGGUCUGAGGAGGAGCCGAGGAUUAGCAUUAACAGCAGCAGCAAUCAAACAGGCAGCAGGUUUCUCUAGUAAAACUGAAACAGAGCCAGUGUUUUGGUACUAUGUGAAAGAAGUUCUGAAUAAACAUGAACUGCAGCGCUUUUACUCUUUGAAGACAAUUACUACAGAUAUUGGCAGAGGUCGGGCUUGGUUGCGCUGUGCAUUGAAUGAACAUUCCCUAGAAAGAUAUGUUCAUAUGCUACUUGCAGAUAAGAAUCGGCUUAGUGUAUUCUAUGAAGACUGGUCUUUUAUGAUGGAUGAAGAACGUUCUAGUAUGAUCCCUACAAUGGCAGCAGGUCUGAACUCCAUUCUCUUUGCAAUCAACAUUGAUAAUAGAGAUCUAAAUGGACAGAGCAAAUGCGCACCCACAGUGUCUGAUCUGUUAAAGGAAUCAACGCAAAAUGUAACCUCAUUAUUGAAAGAAUCCACUCAGGGCGUUAGCAGUCUUCUUAGAGAGAUAACUGCAUCCUCUGCUGUCUCCAUUCUCAUAAAACCUGAUCAGGACUCUGACCCGCUUCCUGUUCUCUCAAAGAAUGUAAAUGCUGAAUUGAAAUAUAAGAAAGAUCGAAAAAAGAAGAAGAAGGUGGCAAAUAUAAUCUCAUUUGAUGAAGAAAAUGAUGAACUAAAUGUGGCGGAUGCCACAAGGAUGCCUGUUGCAGGACAGAGUUCAGAGGAGAAUUUAGAUAGAUCUUCAGUUUUUAUACUACCCUCAUCUGAAACCAGUCAUGGAAAAAAUUUGAAUGGGAAUGAAAGUAACCACUCAUGGAAAAGUAAUUCUGUUUCCUUGAAUGGGGAGUAUGAAUACCAGAAACUAGAUGUGAAGAGUAUUGAUGAUGAAGAUGCAGAUGAAGAUGAUCUAUGUGGAAAAACAUUAGGAAAUAAAGACACAGAAGUUGAAACUGAAUCUUCUGAAAAGCCUCCUGAAAUAGUCACAUGCAAUUCUCAGAUAUGCAGUUGGACUCCUCUGCAAGUCCUGAAUUAUGACUCAGAUGUUCUGUUUCCUGUCAGUGCUGUUGACUCUUACUCCCAAACUGAUAAAUUGGAGAAUGGAGGGGGACAUGAAAAUGAUGCAGUAGAACUAUUUCCAAGAAGAUCUGAUAUUUCCUACAGAGUGGAAGUCAGUCCUCCUGCUCAAGUGAAUACUUUAAACAGUAUGUUGCCUUCAGCCACUGUGCCCGAAUCCAUGACAGUUAAUGAACUUCGUCAAGCUAUUGUGGCCAUGAUGAAUAGGAAGGAUGAACUGGAAGAACAGAAUAGGUCCCUUAGAAAUCUGCUUGAUGGUGAGAUGGAGCAUUCUGCAGCACUGAGGCAGGAAAUGGACAAUUGGAGAAGGAAGGUGGCAGAACAGGAAGAGCGACAUGCCACGAAAGUCCAAGCCUUGGCACGAGAAAAUGAAGUGCUAAAAGUGCAACUUAAGAAGUAUGUAGGAGCUGUCCAGAUGCUCAGAAGAGAAGGUCAAGCAGUGGAAGUGUUGCCGAACGUUUGGAGCACUGAUGGUGAACUUACCGUUUCAGAGCAAAAGCAAGUAGAAAACAAUGAGGAACUAGCUAGCUCUUAUGAAAGAAAAUUGAUUGAGGUGGCUGAAAUGCAUGGGGAAUUGAUUGAGUUUAAUGAGAGGCUGCACCGUGCUCUAAUGGCUAAAGAAACUCUUGUGUCCCAUAUGAGACAGGAGCUAAUUGAUUUGAGAGGGCCGGUCCCUGGAGAUUUGAGUCAAACGUCUGAAGAUCAGAGUCUCUCAGACUUUGAAAUAUCAAAUCGAGCUCUUAUUAAUGUUUGGAUUCCCUCAGUCUUUUUGCGUGGAAAAGCUGCUAAUGCAUUCCAUGUUUAUCAAGUUUACAUAAGAAUAAAGGAUGAUGAAUGGAAUGUUUAUCGAAGAUAUGCAGAGUUCAGAAGCUUGCAUCAUAAAUUACAGAAUAAAUACCAGCAAGUGAGGACUUUUAACUUUCCACCAAAAAAAGCUAUUGGAAAUAAGGAUGCAAAAUUUGUAGAAGAGCGUCGCAAACAGCUACAAAAUUACCUAAGGAAUGUAAUGAACAAAGUUAUUCAAACUGUGCCGGAAUUCACAGCCAAUCCCAAAAAGGAGACUCUAAUUCAGCUGAUGCCCUUUUUUGUUGAUAUUCCAUCUUCUGGAGAAGCAACAAGCAAAAGCAGUUGCUUGAGAGUGACUACACGCUUCCCAAAACUGUCUCGUAGCCAUCAAAGAGAGCCACGAAGUCUGGAGCCUCAAAGCGGAAAUAAUUCACAAAUUAACGGACUUAUUCAGGAAGUUGCAGAUGAUUUCCCACCUCACUUGGAUACUUCUGAAAGGUGGUACCUGCAUGACUGUGAAGAGAUACCUGGGAAUGUGGAUGCCCAAAUUUUUAGCACCUCAGAACAUUCUAAGAUGCUCUGUCUCUUACAGAGUUACAACUUUCUGCCACAAGUCUCACUUCUUUGUUUAUUCAUCAAAAUCAGGAAUGACUGUUGAUGAAGGACGACUUGCUGGCAUUAAGAAUUCCAGUAUAUUGUUCAUGUAAAAUAGCUGCAACUGCAGCCAAGAUUCUAUCAACUGGGUGAUUGUACCAGUUUCUCAUGUCACCUAAUUCCAUGCAUGUAAUUGCCGUUUCUGUAGCAUGUAGUUACCAUUUUUUAGAAGUCUCAUAUAUUUUCAUAAGAGCACUCAGCUAUUAAAUCCUUAGAUCUGGUCUUUGGCUGCUGCACAGUGAGUUUAUUGGUUCAACCAGGUCUUUCUGGCUGCUCUGAACAUCUCUGUGAACACUUAAUACAGGACUCAGCCCAGUUUGGUCCCAGCAUUGUUCCUUCAAGCUUUAGGCUACAGUGUGGCAUUCAGAAAUUUGAAGUAUCAUUUCCAUUUCAUUCUCAUCUUAUCUUUAGAUUUAUUAGGUUAGUAGGGCUGCUGAUCUGCAAACUUUAGAGUCUAUCCAGAAUAAAUUGCAAAAAUAAAUGGCAUCACUCUUUAAUUUUAAUACUGCUCUUCUGUUACGCACAAAAGGAACAAUUUGUCUGUUCUGCUUUUCUUAAAAAGACUUGCAUCUUUUGCAAAUGUGAUUGCCUAUCACUAUUAAUUCCUUAAAUAUUGACUGUGUUUUUUCAGAAUCUCAUUUAGAGAUUCUGUCAUUCACUGUAGAGAAUGCAGUAUAUUGACUUUGCUUUUCCCAUUAAAUCAAGUUUUUCAAUAAUAAAAAUGUCCAAGGUUUUUAAAUGAGGCAGGAUAUUGGCAUAGUUAUAAAAAGUAUUACAUUGAUAGGUUCAUUAAGUCAUAUAAUCUUAGGAAGAUUAAUACUGUCAAAGCCAGUUACUUCUUGUUGGAAUAUUCUGUUGAUGUGGUAGUUGAAAUCAAAUCAUAGUAUCUUACAGAAUCUGCCUGAAGUCAUAAACCAUCGUGACUGAAUUAAUACAAGUACUUAAAGAAGGGGCAUAAUGGUAUUAAAGACCAUUGGCUCAAAAUUGUGACCUAUUGCUAAGAUGUAUUUUUUUGUUACAAAAUGUUUUAUUUUAUAGAACAAUGUCUAUAUUGGCAUCCAACCCCAGUGUCUACAUCAGCAUGAUAGGUGUCAAAUUAAUUCAUGAGAACCUGCUAACAAAUGGAGUUGAGUGACUCAGAGCAGCAAGCUAAUAAUAAAUAAGACCCAGUGAGCCCCAGGUGAACUAAUCAUACUGUUCAUCAGGACAUAUUAAUGAUUUAAGAUGAUGUUUUGUUAACAGAAUCAGUUAUUAAUACUUUCAGAUAUAGGUGUCAUUUUCUUUGUUUCAAAGCAAACAAGAAUCGCAGUUCUGUUGUAAGUUUCAUGCCAUUUCAAAGGUUCAACCCUCACUCCACAACACCCAUGAUGUCAAAAUGUUUUUCAUCCAAUGUCUAGUAAUUCUGAGGACAGAGAAUCUAUACCUGUGGAUAGAAAUACAGUUAUUUGCUUAUAAUUCCCAAGAGAUAUCUGUGGAGCAGUUUCUUUAAAAAAAAAACAACAAACAAAAACAAAAAAACUUUUAAACCGAAUUAUACUCUAUAUCCCCUUGCAAAUUUUGAUAACAGCACUGUGCUCUUCCACCUGGAACUCCUGUUAAUAAUAAAUUAAACACGUGUAACAUUAGAAUAUAAUUUUUCUCCUUGGAAACAAUAAUAAUACUUCUGUAUUGGAGCUUAUGUUACUUUUGGAAAAGUAGUUAACUCAAGAAAUAAAGGUUUUUUCUCCUUUUCUGUAUGUUAGGAUAUUUCAGUCAACACAUUGUAUUACUAGCUUGAAUAUUAAUUUGAUGGAAUAUAUAGCCCUUUUAGUAGUUUCUUAGUGUUAUGUAUUGAAAGAAUCAUUUUAAUGUAUGAAAUUACAUAUAUGAAUUAUACAAAUAUGGGUUAACUUGCUUUCUGUUUCACAUAUUGUAUGGAAGAUAAAAACUUGCUCUGACUUUGUACAUUUCAUUUCUUGGAUAUCUUACUCUAUACUAACUGUACUUUUAUUGUCCAAUUAUAGAUAACAUCAGUUGUUUAUAAAAUCUCUUUUUAAAAAUCAGUAAGAGGAUACUUCUAAUUAAUGAUAAUGGCAACUUUUUGUUUAAUUGCAUUGAUUUUUGCUAGAAAACACCACUGGAAUGUUUAGAGACGAAUGAAUUUUCCAAAUUUACGAACUGCUCCAAAUAGCAGGACUUUAAAAUAUAUAUGUAUAAUUUUGUUCCAUCUAAACAAAUAUAUUGGACUCCCAUGUAGGAGGAAUCAGUUUACUUAACAAGAUCUUAAAGCUGGUGUCUGUCAUUACAGAAGUUACGGUAGCAGUUGUUCUCUUCAGCAGAGUGUUAACAAUUUAGGACACUAAAAAUUACAGAAAUGCAAAUUUGAUUGAACAUACAAUUCUGAAAGGCUGCAUUUUUCCUUUUUCCUGAAAACUGAGAUAAAUAUCUUGUAUAGGGACCAAACCUGCUGGAAAGUGAAGAAGCUUGAUUUACCUUUUGAUUUGGAGGAGAAAUCUUGGUGUUCCUGUUAAACUGUAAAAAGGAUUGUAUUAAUUCUAAAGCAUAUAUAUGUACAGCAUUCACCUAAGUAUUAAUAAACUGUAGUAAUAUUUUAACUUGUUAUGCUAAUGUUUACAUUAGAGAAUUUUUAAGAAAAUGUGUAUAUAUAAUUUUCUAAAUAUUUUCUUGUAUUUUUUUAAUAUUCUGUGGUAAUUUUGUUGUAAUUUGGUUGAAAUAUACUACUUGAUCAAGAUGAAAAUAAAAAAUGUCUUUCUACAUCUGAA